AUGCCUGUCGCCCUGCAUUUCCUGUUCCUUGCUCAACCUCACUGUGCGACGAUUAGCGAGCAGCGUGAGAAAAUCGAGGGCACACUCUCACGUGCAAAACUACCGACUGGCAGGAAGGAUAAGCAGGAAAAGGGCCGUAAUGAAGGAACGCAAAAGGCUUGGAAAGGUGGCGGAGCAGCACGUUGGUAG